AUGCAGUGUGGCCGGUAUUUAUAUAAAUCUCCUGAUUUUUCAGGUCAACAUCACCACCACAAAAGGGAUGCCAUGAAGAUUUUGAAAGAAAAUCAUUUUGUAUGCGUGAGCAAACUUGGGUUUGGUUCCUUCGGCGAGGUGUACAAAAUGAUUGACUUAUUUAGCCGAGAAGUUGCCGUGAAAAUUGUUCCCCAAGAAGUCGCUAGGAAAAGCGAGAUUGAAAUUUGGCCAAAAUUGUCUCAUCCAAACAUUAUCCCCCUCCUCCUCAACUUCCAUAGCCCGAAUGUAGCUAUUUUUGUGAUGCCCAUUCAGCGGAACACUUUGCUACAUUCAGUCCUAGACAGGCAUUUUUUUAAUCAAUCAGGUGCCCUAGGCUGCUUCAAAUCAUGGCUUCAUGGCACUCUUUGUGGUCUGAAUUAUUUGCACUCAAACGAGACCGGUCACUUGGAUCUAAAAGCAGAUAAUGUGUUAAUUUCGUAUGAUAACAGAGCAGUUAUCAGCGAUUUCACUUUCCUUGCCUCAACAUCGAAGGCAAUACCAAGAUCUGAACUUGGAUUGCCGUAUAUAUACAGGCCUCCAGAGGCCUUCGAGAGUGAGGCAGUAGUUGAGGGCAAAGCGUUUGAUUUAUGGGCGUACGGAAUGAUGGUUCUGGAGCUUCUUACCAACCAAGCUUUUGGCAGAACAUCAUCCUACGUCGGAAGUUGGCAAAAGGAUAUUUAUCCUAAUCUUUUCAGCCUUCUUCAGGAAAAUAAUUUCAAGCGUUGCGUGCGCUCUGUGUGGGGCAUCUCAGACAAGCAAAUUAAAUUUGCUUUGAAUUUCAUUCAUAUCUUUUUGAUGCCUGAUCGAAGACAGAGAUGGAAUGCUGCAAAAGCAGCUGACCACUGCUUCCUUGAGGAUGGUAGUCAGAUCGGAGCAGAGCCUCGUCAAAAAUGGGGCAUUUUUUGUAGUCAUGACUGUGAAGAAAGUCAUGAGAGUUAUGUGAAUAGGAAUCGAGGUAUAAAACGCCUUGCUGAUGAAAGUUUGAAGCUGGAACAGAAUUAA